AAUAAAUAGCGAACCGCUUGGUUUUUAAUUACAAUCCAAUCAGUCGUGUUUGGACUCCGAUAGCGACAAGUGCGAAGUGCAGCGAUUCGGUGGCGGUGGCGCAGUAAUAAAUAAUUACACUUACAUAUCGGCCAUAAACCAAUAGGCAUAUACAUAUAUAAUGGGUGUUACCUGCAUAAUCAACUUCGAUAACAAUCCCCAUGGCACCUACUUCGCGGGUCAAAUAGUGUCGGGCCAAGUGACCCUCAAAUUGGACAAAAUAAAACUGGUUAAAGCUCUAACAUUAAAUAUAAGUGGAUAUGCUGAAACACAAUGGUCAGAAUCGACUGGCACUGGCAAGGACAAAUCCUCAGACACAUAUUACGGGCGAGAGGACUACAUAGCCUCCCAAACCUAUCUGGCGGGCUCUAGUCAAAGCACACAAAUAUCACUUGAGCCUGGAGUGCACGUUUAUAACUUUAGCUGCCAAAUACCUGCCACAUGCCCCUCCUCCAUCGAGGGCUUUUAUGGGCGAGUGCGCUACAUGACAAAGGUGGCAAUGGUCAGGCCCUGGAAAUUUGAUCAGUAUUACACGCGUUGCUUUACGGUGCUUAAAAUCAUGGACCUCAACUACGACACUCCCCUGCUAAAGAUGCCAACGCAAAUAGAAACUCAGAAGGUCUAUUGUUGCUGGCCCUGCACUUCGUCGCCAAUGCAAUUGCAGAUGUCUUUGCCGCAAACGGGUUACGUCUCUGGUCAGAUAAUACCUGUAGGCAUGCUGGUAACCAACGACAGCCAUAUAGCCGUGGAGCUGCUGCAGGUAAGCCUAGCGAUGAUGGUCACUUAUUAUGCGCAGCAUUUGUCCAGAAGCAGCUCCCGCAACGAGCGCAUACUCGUUAGCAAGCUGAUGGGUGAUCCAGUACCGCAUCACUGCAAAAAACAGUUCACCUAUCACCUGCGUGUGCCCGCCACGGCGCCCACUUGCUUCAAUCUGUGCAAGAUCAUACAGAUCGCCUACCAGGUGGAGGUGGAGGCGCGCGUCAAGGGCUGCCAUCGCAACCAGGUCAUCAGCAUACCCAUCACCAUAGGUAGUGUGCCGAUGCUAGCGUAUCCGCCAAUGCAGCCUCAACCACGUGAUUUGGAUGAACAGCCAACACAACCACUAGAUGCCAAAGCUUUGGGUGGCACAGCGGACCUGGUGGCCACUGCACCACCUCCAGAUAUCAAUACGCCAUGGGCUGUGGAUAGCAGCAUUCCACCGCCCAACUACGAGGAGGCUCUUCAUAUGCGCGCUGAUAUGAAUACGAUUAAUAGUGUGCAGGCCACUUUACCACCAAAUACCUUGAGUCUGGAUGAGCACGGCUUCGCACCACUGUACCCAAUAUUUAAUAUUCCAAGCCCCACAGCCCCUUCAGAUAAUGCGGAUCAGAAAGGAAUUCCAAAUGCUGACAUGAAUGCCAACAAGGGCACUUGGCUUUGAACAAAGCUGAGUAUAAAAGACAACCUCUACAGGCUAUAAUUACUAACUGUUACUUGAGCUUAAUCUAGUCUGUAUUCAAGUGAAACAUGCAUGACGAAAAUAAAAAAUUAUAUUCAAU